AUUCAACUUUUGAAUGUAAAUACUGAAAUAAACGAGGACUGUUGAAGACACAAUAAAAUGUCUCGCGAUACUUUUGAAAGUAAAACCUUCUCCAAGAACAUGGGAGAGGAUUCUGAUGAGGAAAACUCUGAGGAAGAUAUCGAUGAAAUGAUCAUGAACAUAAACUAUUUCCAGAAGCAAAAUAAAUCCAGUGAGCCAAGUGUCAUUUGUGAUCCUCUCAUGUUAGACCCCACGAACAUGAGUGAGAAUACUAUAAAGCUCAUUCGAAUCAUAGAAGAGAACCUCAAUAAGAGCAAGAUGAUUCAAAACUUAGAAAUUCCUGGCAAUAAUAAUGUAAAUAAGAUUCAACAAGGGAAGACUGGGAAGAGUGAGACUGGUCCACAAAUAGAACACAAUCAACCAAUUGAAAGAAGACAAGUUAGGAGGGGAACUGGAUUUGAAAAUAGUCAGCAAAUAAAUUGUGGAAAUCAACCAAUUGAAAGAAAACAGGAAGUUAGAAAUAUAACUCCACUUGAAAAUAGUAAGCAAAUAAUAUCUGUGGUAAAUGAUAAACUAAAUCAACCUAUUAAAAAACCCCAUGAAGUUAAAAGUAAAACUCCACUUGAAAAUAGUAAGCAAAUAGUAUCUGUGGUAAAUGAUAAAUUUAACCAACCUAUUAAAAAAAAACAUGAAGUUAGAAAUGAAACCCCACUUAAAAAUAGUAAGCAAAUAAUAUCUGUGGUGAAUGAUAAACUAAGCCAACCAAUUAAAAGAAAAUAUGGAGAUAGUAGUGAAACUAGGCUUGAAAAUAAUCAGGAAAUUAUAUAUGUGGAAGAUGAUGAACCAAAACCUCCACUAAAACAACCAGUUAAAAGAGUAUGCACAAGAAAGAAAGCACAGACUCAAAGCAAAUUCAAAAACUUUUGGUCACCAGGAAAUGUGCAGGUAUCUAAAGUGGAAAAUAAAAGUAUUGUAGAAAAACCAACUGGAAAUUUAAUUGACCAACAGCAAAACAAAGAUGUGGAAGAAAAUUUCCAAGAUCCCUCUGUUAUAGAAACAAAUGCAAAUAAAUUGCUUAAAGACAUAGCUAAAGAUAUUGAAGAAUAUAAGAAAAGGGCAUUACCAAAAUUGGGAAAAUUAGUAAAACCACUGAAUGAAACUUCCACAGUGAUAAAAAAUACAUCUCAGUAUGAAGAUCAAAUGACAAAAAAAGUUGUUGGAGAAUCAGAAAAACAAAAAAUGAUGAAUGAAAAGCAAGAAAACCCUAAUGACAAAUCAAAAGCAGCAAUUACACAUCCAGUAGUACAGGAGCCUCUUUGCAAUUCAAUAUUCAGAUGUUCUCUAUGUUACAAGAAAGUCUCCACAUAUGAAAGCCUUCAGGAACAUCUAAAGUUUGCCCAUAAGGAUAAAAUAUGUUUAUGUGUGUUAUGUAACAGGGCAUUCACAAGCCGUGAAGGUUUAAAAAACCACCAUAAAAGCAAACAUAUAAACAUAUUUUCAAAUUCACAUUCCAAAUAUUUUCAGGCACAUAAGUAGAUCUGAAUUCCAGAAAGAAUACAUGAUUUUAAGUU